AGAUUGAUAUUAAAUUGCCUAACUUUACUCCUUAAAAUAUGAUGAUACUUCCCACCAUUUUUGAAGUUUGAAUAUCAAUAAUAUUACAUUCGUACAAUCGUACGAAAUAUUAAAUAUAUUCAUAUUAGUACCUACUACCUAUAUUACAAUAUAAUAUUAAGUAUACUGUUAAUUUGUUAUCAAUUAACAAAAUUCAUAAGUUAACGGCAUAGUAAUUACUUGUAUUACUUUUAACUGCUUAAAAAUGGUGUCCAAAAAAGUAUGCGCUAUAAAUCAUUGUAAAAAUGAUUUAAGUGGUCAACAGAGAUUGUCUUUUCAUUCAUUUCCAAAAGACGUUCAUAUUUCUCAAAAAUGGGUUAAGUUUGCAAACAAUUCAAGAAUAAAUGAAAUUAUGAGAACUUUUGGACAUUUACAUCUGAGUUUAAAUUAUAGUAUUUGUUCAAACCAUUUUAACCCAGAAGAUUUUGUACCAAACAGGGGUUCUAGUAGAAGAUUAUUGAAAUAUGGUGUAGUACCUUCAUUAAAUUUACCAGUUACAUCUCCUCAUUUAGCUAAACCAUUGUUGAAAAGUUUAAAAUUAAAUUUCAAUAAUAUUUUUGAAAAUAGAAUGAAACAAAAUCAAAUACACAGUCCAGUAUUUUCUAUGUAUAAAAAAUUUGAUCGUUUAACAACUCCUAAAAAACUCACAAGUUCAAAAAAAAACAUUAUCCCAAAAGUUUCCGAGGAAAAUAAUUUUUUAACUGAAGAAUGGAAGAUGCAUAAGAAACCAGUAAAACGAUCACUUUUUGGAUCAGAUGUAGAUGCAUCAACAUCAAAUUUAGCAAAUAUGUUACCAAAAGAUGAACAUAAUAUUAUGGAUGAAUCUAAAGCAGGUUUGAAUAUUUAUAAAAUGUUUCAUUUCCGGUCUGGGACAUGGUUUGUGUUGUAUUUUUUUGUAAUAUUGUAUUAAAAUGUAUGUACUACUAAUUGUAAGAAUAAGUAAUAGAAUUUAGAUUUACAAGAGAAAAAAAUUAUUUACUCAGACAUUUGUGAAUUGCUAUUAAAAUAAUAAUCAUUUAAAUUAUUAUUUAUAAAUGUGUAUUGUGAAUGUUUUGUGGAUAAAUGUUACAUAAUUACAUA